GCAACAGAGACACAGAGAAUACAACAGUGUAAACAACACAAAUAAAUAUUAGUGUAAUAAAAACCACUUUUAUUGUUCUUACACAGAUCCAAGCUCCCAAUCACAAAGCCGCCACCAAUCAACUCACAAACUAAAUAAACUAAAAAGAGCAAUGUAUUCCUCAUUGAAUACUAACGGCAACGCUGCAGCCUUUGAAACAGGGCCGGUUUCGGGACGUUUCGCCGCCGUUUACAGUGAAGUCCAGAACAGUCGUAUCGACCACGCUCUUCCUCUACCUUCCGUUCUUAGAAAUCCUUUCAAAGUCGUCGAAGGUCCUCCUAGCUCCGCCGCCGGCAACCCUGAUGAGAUUGCGAAGCUGUUUCCGAAUCUAUUCGGACAACCGUCGGCAAUGUUGGUGCCGAACGAAGCGGAUUCUCUCCGAUCCGACCUGAAGUUGAAGAUCGGCGUCGUUUUGUCUGGAGGACAGGCACCUGGAGGUCACAAUGUGAUUUCUGGAAUUUUCGAUUACUUGCAAGAUCGCGCCAAAGGUAGCAUUUUGUAUGGAUUUAGAGGAGGCCCUGCUGGGAUCAUGAAAUGCAAAUACAUUGAAUUGAAUGCUGAUUAUAUUUACCCUUACAGAAAUCAGGGUGGCUUUGAUAUGAUCUGUAGUGGGAGAGACAAGAUCGAAACUCCCGAGCAGUUUAAGCAAGCUGAAGAAACAGCAGUGAAGCUCGACUUGGACGGGCUUGUGGUUAUUGGUGGGGAUGACUCGAACACGAACGCUUGCCUCCUUGCUGAAAACUUCAGGGGUAAAAACUUGAAAACUCGAGUGAUUGGAUGCCCAAAAACGAUCGACGGUGAUUUGAAAUGCAAAGAGGUUCCAACUAGUUUCGGAUUCGAUACUGCCUGCAAGAUAUAUGCAGAAAUGAUUGGCAACGUCAUGAUUGACGCACGGUCGACUGGAAAAUAUUAUCACUUUGUGCGGCUCAUGGGACGUGCAGCUUCGCAUAUUACUUUGGAGUGUGCUUUGCAGACUCAACCUAACAUUACCAUUAUCGGAGAAGAGGUUGCUGCCAAGAAGCAGACGCUUAAAAAUGUUACGGACUACAUGGUCGAUGUCAUUUGCAAACGUGCUGAACUCGGUUACAACUAUGGUGUUAUUCUCAUACCUGAAGGUCUUAUUGACUUUAUUCCCGAGGUCCAGCAGCUUAUCGCCGAACUAAACGAGAUUCUGGCACAUGAUGUUGUCGAUGAAGAUGGGAUAUGGAAAAAGAAACUUACCAACCAAUCUCUAAAGCUUUUCGAGUUCUUACCUCAAGCAAUUCAAGAACAAUUGAUGCUCGAAAGAGAUCCUCAUGGAAACGUUCAGGUCGCUAAAAUCGAAACGGAGAAAAUGUUGAUUCAAAUGGUUGAAACAGAAUUGGAGAAGAGGAAGCAAGAAGGAUCUUAUAAGGGCCAUUUUAAAGGACAAUCACACUUUUUUGGAUAUGAAGGAAGAUGUGGUUUGCCAACUAACUUUGAUGCCUCCUAUUGCUAUGCUUUGGGCUACGGCGCCGCAGCUCUCCUCCACAGUGGAAAAACUGGGUUGAUAUCAUCGGUAGGAAACUUGGGAGCCCCGGUUGAAGAAUGGACUGUCGGAGGGACUGCUCUUACAUCGUUAAUGGAUGUCGAGAGGAGGCAUGGUAAAUUCAAACCUGUUAUCAAGAAGGCAAUGGUAGAGCUUGAAGGUGCUCCAUUCAAGAAAUUUGCUUCCGUGAGGGAGGAUUGGGCACUUAAGAACUGCUACAUUAGUCCUGGUCCCAUUCAAUUUGUUGGACCAUCUUCCAAUGCUGUUAGCCACACUCUUCUCCUUGAACUUGGUGCUCAAGCUUAGAAUUAUUGAUUUAAAAUUUCUGCUUUCACAUUAGCUGAGCAUGAAAGAGAGACAUUUUACAUUUUCUAAACAUAAUUUGUUGAAGAUUAUUAUUAUUAUUUUGAGGUUUUUUAAGGAUUAAAUUAAUAAUACAUGGAUAUUGAUGGUCUAAGAA